AUGAUGAAAUUCGUGUCGCGUUUUCUCGUGUUGUCUCUUGUUGUCUUGACUUUUAUCCAUUUCAUUAUGUCGUACUUUACCAAUUUAAGAUGCAACGACUGGGAUUUAGACGAGGCUAUCAAUGCAUUACUCAGUGGUUGUAUAGAUAAAAACGAGGCCAUCCAAAAAGUCAAGCAGCAACUAUUGGAAUUAAUAACCAAUGUCAAUAUAAAUGCUCAAGCUAAGAAAAAGGCUGUAUAUCUUCUAAAGAAACUUCCCCCCGCAGAAAGUACAAGCUCAACCAUAGAAAAUGCAAUUAGUUACAGUAUAUAUAAUAUGAACGAUAGCAGCAAUAUCGGCAACAUUAACAAUUACAUUAAUGACUAUGGAAAGAGAGCCAACGACAUCUUUAACACUCCGGGUGGCGAAAAUACAGACUUCGUGAAUAAACUAUUAAAGACAACUAUCCCAAGCCAAGAAAACGAUGAUUUGUAUGACUUGCAAGAUAAUGAAGGUCUAGAAGACGAAGAAAAAUUACAGGAAAAUGUUAUUUUCGCGGAAGAAGACCUUGUUGAAAAAUACUCCAAGCUGAAUAGUAUAAUCAAAGAUUGGAAAGCAAAGCAAAAUUAUGAACCUUUGAUACAUAAGCAGCAGUUAUUAUACUAUAAUAUUAUCGAUACAAGCUUGAAUACCUCCCCACUGACAAAGGAAGACUUGGAUUGGAUCACAAAAAUUGAUAACAAAGUAUAUAUUCCGCUCCCACACACAGAGCCACUCGAUUUCAAUUUAAAUGAUUGUACUUCUUUUAAAAGUUUGAAAAAAUUUUAUGAUAACAAUAAGCACAAAAUACCAUAUGUCAUCAAAAAAAUAAUCAAAACUUACAUAAAUCAACGUUAUGAAGAGCACGUCAAUCUUUUCACUGAUUACAAACAAAAAGAAGACGAUUACAAGUUCCAUUUUAUCGCACCACUUUUUAAAGCACUCUUUGGAUUAAACGAAAACAUCAAGAAGGCAUGGGGGGAGUCUUCGGUUGGUAAAACAAAGGUGGAUGGACUAUUGUCUAUCGUAGAUGAUGAAGGUCUUAUAGCCAUGUUUUCUGCUGUUGAGGUUUCCGGCCCCUGGUAUUUGGUGGACAACAACCACUUUAUGAAAGACAAAAAAAAAUUAGCAAAAAAUCUGAAGUUGAUGCUGAAUGCUAUUUACAAAUUGAACAUUUCCGGUGGCUCAAAUAUCACAAAGAUCAAAAUGUAUGGGAUUCAGUUAUAUCAGAAGCAGUUUUAUAUCUACAGUCUCCAGAUGAUUUGCCCCAAGCUUUACACAUUCAAAGAAGAAUUACGAUUUGACUAUCCCACCUCCCCUGCGUUGUUCCGGUCACAGUUACCCAUAUUUUUCAAAAAUAUGUUGUUUAUGAAGAAUUGUAUCGAAUCAAGCUUGGAAAAUAUUCUUAAUUACAUGAAUGAUACUGACGCCGUCUGCUCUGGAAAUGCUUCCGAUGAACGUUUUACUGAUAGUCCAAAUGAUUCACCUCAAAAAAAUAAAAAUUAAUGCUGGUCUUCUCACUUAUGCUGGUAUUUGUAUAUUUUUCCUUUACUUUAAAUUAGCUUACCAUCAGACAUGAUACCAUUGCUUUUUAACUUGUGUUGGUGUGUGAUCGAGAAUAUUUAAAAGUGAAGUUCAAAUAAAAAUGUUUUAUUCCCCCCCCCCCCCCAAAGAAAAAAUUAUUGUAAGGCAAUUGCAAAAUACCUCUGGCU